GCCCGGAUCGGGCUGUGAGGAAGCAGGACGGAGGAGCUCGGUGUUCGGCCCGGGGGAGGGAGCGGGGAAGGCGGGACCAUGGGAGGCCGAGCGCGGGUCGCCCCCGCCGCGGCCCACAGAGGCAGCUUUUACGACUGGCGAAUGCGGGGCUAGAGCAUGAGCGCCAACAAGAACGCCCGCUACAACCGUUUCCCCAGCGGCACAGCCAACAGCGCUCCUUCGGAAAGCGCCAACGGGACGAGGAUGGAGACCACGUUUGGCCCCGCGUACUCUGCAGCCACCACCAUCGCUAAAGCAGACGGGAGCGGCACCUUCAAGCAGCACCGCCGGACACCCUCCUCUUCCAGCACGCUCACCUACUCCCCUCGGGACGAGGACGAUGGCAUGCCGCCCAUCAACACUCCGCGCCGGUCCGACUCGGCCAUCUCCGUCCGCUCACUGCACUCCGAGUCCAAUAUGUCCCUGCGCUCGACUUUCUCUCUCCACGAGGAAGAGGAGGAGCCAGAGCCGCUGGUGUUUGCUGAGCAGCCCUCGGUGAAGCUGUGUUGCCAGCUGUGUUGCAGCGUCUUCAAGGACCCCGUGAUCACCACCUGUGGGCACACGUUCUGUAGGAGAUGUGCCUUAACCUCUGAGAAGUGCCCAGUGGACAAUGCCAAACUGACCGUGGUGGUCAACAACAUCGCCGUGGCCGAACAGAUCGGGGAGCUCUUCAUCCACUGCAAGUACGGCUGCCGGCCCGUGGCGAGCGGCAAGCCUUCCGCCUUCGAAGUGGACUCCCGCGGGUGCCCCUUCACCAUUAAGCUGAGUGCCAGGAA